GUCGGUUGCUGAAGGAGCUGAGAGAGAGCGAAAGCGAGCAAGAGAGAGAGAACAGUGUCUCGAUCAGCUUGGACUGUCAUUUCAGACAUUCAGAGAGAGAUAGUGAAAGAGAGCGAGAGUGAGAGAGAGAGCACAGCAGGAGAGGGAGGUAUGUCAGAGGAUGUGGUUUCUCUGAGCUUGCAGAACAUUGCACAUACUUUGAGCAUGACCUAAACAGCAGCACGCCAAGUGUGUUUUCUGCGCUCCGUUAGCCGCCUGCCGCAUGAGGACCCGUCAGCUUGGCAUCUUGGGGAGCACGGAUCUUAUUGUUGUUUUUGUGCCGACACAUCAAAGGAGAUUUGAAUCCAGUGACCAUCCUUCUUGCGGUUCACACGCCGGUCAGUGGAGUCGCUCGACAGCUUGACUUCUGACCAGUGACUUAAACUUGCAGCGUCUGCGUGCCGGCACCUUUAAGACAGGUUUCAGUGAGCACUCGUUCAGCAGAAAUGGGCUGCGGGUUGAGGAAGUUCCGUCAGACAGAAGACAACAGUCCGGGAAAGAUCUACUCCACCCUCAAAAGGCCGCAGGUGGAGACCAAGAAUGGGGUCGCACACACGUACGAGCACUUGGACUUCCUGGUGGGGAAACAUGAUGGAACGUCCACGCUGUGUCUAUCUUCAGUGAGAGAGCUGCCGUCUCAGCUGCAGGAUCUUUACCAGCGGGGUUUCAUUCUGGCAGCUGUGCACCCGUUCGUGCACCCAUGCAGUCCGGAGCCCGCCAGCAUCCAGCGCCAGCUCUAUCGGGCUGUGCUCAUCAAAAUCUCUGACAGCUGGGAGACGAAUCCAGAUUUUGAGCCUUACCAUCUAAAACUGGAGGAGUGCAUGUCUGCCGAGCAGAUCCCAACCACAGAACACAUCCAGGGCUAUGUGAAAAAACAGAUCCAGGAUGCUGCAGAUCAAGGCAUCAUGUUUGUAGGCUUCAUCCAGGAGCCAGCUGGCCUACGCCCACACGUGCUCCGGCACGGAGAACCGGAGGAACCCUCCCUCUCCCUGCACUCCAGCCCCAGCUCGUUGCACAGCUCCGGGCUAACUCCCAGCCCCAGCCCCCUGGAGGAGCCGGAGCUUGAAGAUGAGCCGGGAGCGGAGAACGGGGGAGAUGAGACUCAAAUAGAGGACGUAAAAUCUGCUGCAGGUGGAGACGGAGAUGAUGUAUCCAAAUCUGGUGAAACACAGCCAGGAGAUGCACUCACACACAACAACAACGACACGGCCAAAAUCACAGACACCACAGAGAAACCCGGCAGGCUGCUUCUGGCUAAGAGAGGAGCUGAGCUCUUCGGGAUGUUUAAUUACCCGGGUCGUCGUGAGGGUCAGCUCAAGUACUACACGGUUAAAGUGCCUCUGCGGAUACAGCCGAUGGGUGAAGGUAUAGGCACUUUAGAAGCCAACUGGCUUGAUCACAUGACCCAGCAUUUCAACAGCGGGGCAUCACUUGUGGACGGAUACUUUCAGCUGACCAAUGACAAUGCAGAUCCGCUCACUAAAACGGUGGACAGCGUGUUUGUGUUCCAGGAGGGCGUGGAGGGCGACACAAACGCAGCGGCAGCGUAUGAUGCUAUAGUGGUGGAACAGUGGACGGUCAUUGAUGGUUUACAGGUGAAGAACGACUAUAUUCCACUGCUGCAGUCACUGGCCUCGUUCGGAUGGAAACUCACAUGCGUGCUGCCAACACCUAUCAUUAGGACAAACAGUGAUGGAAGUUUGGCAACCAAACAAAUCGUUUUCCUUCAGAGACCAAUGCUGCCCCGCAAGAAGAAGGAAGCUAAGAAAGUCAUCUUUAAAGCACGGAACAAGUGCAACAAGAACUCCGUCAAAGACGCACCAAAGGACAAGAAGAAGAAAGAGUGCACGUUCGCCGUAGAGAAGCUGUGUGAUCAAAAGAUCAGUGACGGAGCGGAGAAGAUCACCGAGGAGAGAAACGUGAGCGACAAUGAAGGACAGAAAGAGCAAAAUAAUGAGGCUGAUACUGAAGUGGAAAGAGGAGAGGAAAAGACGCAGGAACUCUAUGAGACAGAGGAAGAGACAGCUACAGGAAGUGAGGUGGGGGAAAAACAGGAAGUGCUGUGCGGUAAUAAAGAGAGAAAAGGAAAUCCCCAAAACGAAAAUCAGCAUGAGGUAGAAGUAAAAACACAGGUGGAGAUGAGCCACGAAGCCUCACCUGCAGACCAGCAGACAGCACAUCGGUGCAAUGAGGUGGACAAACAGGCAGACGGCUCAGUGGAAGAACCGUCACCCGCACAUGACGACAUCUCAGCCAAUCAGGAUUGAAGAUGCUCUCCAACUCCCGUGACCAAGAGAUGUAGACCUUUAUGAAUGUUCAAAAUAAACAUCCUUAAAACAAGACACAUUUACGAGAUAUACAGCACAAUAUCUUGAAGUUCUCUCACUCAAAAUCAAUUUCUUGAUCGUCAUACCACAGACGAGUAAUAUGAAGUACAGUUCUUUAAAUCCAAUGAAUGUUGUCUUGUAUUAAGAAUGUUUAAACACUUGAAAAUAAAGACAAUACAGACUAAUACAAUGAUUUACAAAUCCAGAUGGCUGCAGACACCUCACCUGACAUUGCGACCUCUUGUAACCAAUGCGGCUGGCGAGAUUUCAUCCCCUCUGACCGAGAUCUUUAAACGAGCGAUAGGAAAAGAGGAGAAAUGGGAUGAGAUUGUUAUCAGUAAAUGCACUGGAUGGGAAAACCACAUUAAUAUUUACCUUGUGAGCCCAGAGGGCCGAUAGCCUUCUAAAAGACUUCAUCUCUACUGAAGACGACAGGCGUGCGCGGAGCAGACGGUUACUGUUGCGAGAGGCAAUCGACUGUGAUGUAAGGUGCACACGUGUGUGUAUAUUUUUGUUUUGAUGUUUGUAUGAAUAUUUCACAGUUUAAACAAAACUGUUGUCAAUGUAACGGAAGAGCAAUGUUAGGGAAAUAUCUGAUAAAGUUUCCUUACAGCUGAAAUCUGUAACUUUUAAAACAUUUGUUUCAUACAUCCAACUUCAGUUUACAUCACGAACUGCGUUGGUUCAAAUUUGCUUUACAAUUUUUUUUCUUUAACCCAAAAAAAUCUGAUUGCAGCUUUAAUCGUGCCGUCGGACAACUUUUUGUUUGUUGAAUCCCAUCAUUCUAUAAUCUCAUCCCCCACUAUUUUAAAAGCAUAGCUUAAAAAUUCAAGUUCAGUCAUCAUUUACACGCCAAUGUACCUUUCCAAAAAACGUUAAUCUUUCAUUAUUUGUUGCAAAGGAAAAGAGAUUAAAUACUAUCAUUCAAGUAGUCUACGCUAUUUGUCAGGUAUAUUCUAAGCCUCCAAAACCUACUGAACUACAACUGUAGGCAACAUUUCCACAAUAGGCUGCAUCCUAAAAUGUCUUUUUUUAAACCUUUGUGUGUAGAAGUCUAUGUAAAAGCCAAAGUCUGCUAAAGCUCCUUGUGAGGAAAAGGCGGGAGGUUAAGUUGUUAUUUUCCACCCCACAGCUCUCGAAUCUCAUUCAUACAUUCAAAAAUGGUGUGUUGGGACAUGUCACGCACGAUUUGAAAUUAAUUUAGGAGGUUUUUGGAAGUGGUGGGAUUUAGUUUUUUACAUUGUGACAGUCUGCCAUAGCGCUCAAACGAACCCUUUUUAAUAUCUUUCUCAAAAUAAAAGUCACACAGGUGACCAGGGUCACAAAACCAGUCAUACGUAGCCCUUAUUUGUAGCAAUAGCCAACAAUACAUUGUAUCGAUUUAUCUUGUAUUCCAAAAUCAUUAGGAUAUUAAGUUAAGAUCAUGUUCCAUAAAGAUAUUUAGUACAUUUAUGUGAGUGGGGCAACAAAAAUGGCCAGAAAAAAGACGUCUACAAACUUCCAUUGCCGCUGCACGCUCUUUGGGAAGUAACAAUACAUGGUUGGUAUCAAAGUGAGAUAGAGAGCGUUAAAAACAAACCUGUUUCUUCUUACCAACGGCCUGCUACAGCGUCUCUGAUGGACAACUUUAAAGAUGAUUUUCUCAAUAUUUCGAUUUUCUGGGCCAUACAUUGUCCUAUCAUAACAAACUAUACAUCAUUUACAAAGCCUAUUCAUUUACCUUCCAGAUGAUGUAUAUAUCUACAUUUCAUAAAAUUGACCCUAAUGACUGGUUUUGUGGUCCAGGCUCACAAAUCUCUAGACCCCAAAUGUGCAGAGAUUGACUUGGGAAAAUGAUGGGCAUAUUCUUUUUCUUUUCCUUAUUAUACUUAGCAGGUGUUUACACAAGUGGCGUUCACGCAUCACAAGCAGCUACACAUAGGAAUUGAAUAAAAGACAUUUCAUCACAUCAACUUCAUGAGAGCAAAACCACAUCGUCGUCAUUUCAUGCACCGACGUCAUUUUUCUUAUUUGUGUAAAAGUGUAAACGGCCACUUGGAUAAUGCAGACAGAAGGGUGUAAUAUAGAGGGGUUAUUGGAAUAUGAUUUAAUCGCCAUGAUGAUCUGGGAUGUUAAAAUGAACAACAGAAAAUGAGCACAGUCGCAUUGACAGGGUGAUGUAGUUAAGCUUUUUCUCUAAAGCUUUUAUAAAUGAAACCAAUAGUAUUUCAGCCUUUAAUCCUGGAAUGAGUUCCAGUAAUCCAGCUGAAUCACAACUAUGAUCUCAGACGGAAUGUUUUAUCCUAACGGAGUCAUGGUUUAGAUCGGUUUUAGCGAAGUCUAUGUUGUAUUAAAAAAUAAGAUGAAUGUCAUUGCGUUAGAUAAUAAAAUAUCGAACCAAGUGGCAGAUAGAUUUUACGAAAACACAUGUUUAAAUGUGUUUUAAUAUUUCUAGACACCUUCUGUUUGUUAAAUUCCACUAAAAUUACCAACGGAUUUGGAGCCAAAUCUCUAAAAGUGGUGAAGAAGUGUUCUGAAUAAAGAUCUUUAAGCUUCAUUUAUUAGAAAGUGCCAUUUAGUCAUUUAGUUAUUUUUACACCACAAUUUGAAAUCCUUUUGGAGUCCAUUGUAUACCUUACGUGAACUGUAAAUGUGUUUUCCAGUAAGUCAACGUGUUGCGCUGGUGUCUGCCUGUAUUUAUAAUGUGAGUUUGCAGCGUCAGGGGUUUUCCAGCAUGUGGUCUUCUGGAAGGGCACACAGGCGGUUCACAGGGGGCCUGCAUUAGCUCUAAUGGCCGGAGGGGUCACAUUUAAAAUCAUAAUAGCUUUUCCACUCACCCCUCCUGCUGGGAAAUCCGUCUCCAGCGCUUGCUCUCCUCGCAGAGGGUCACGCCUUCCGACUUCCCAAUAAAAGAUGCUGUUUCCAAUCUGUCAGCAGAUGCUUUGAUGAAAAUUCACUUUGCACUUUCCGAGUAUGUUUCCUGGCGUGUCUCUCUGUGUUCUCCUCCCAGCACUUUCAAACACGUCGUCAUUAUAAUCGUGUUUUGUCACAGUGUUGUUUGUGAAACGGUGGAUGAGGGGGGGAUUGCCUGUUUGAUUGUUUGACGACGAUGACUGAACCAGAGGAAAAAAAAGAUUCUCAAACGUUACUUGUUGAUUAUCACUGACAGAUAUGUGCCAUAUUGCAAUAUUCCUACUAGCAGAUACUGUAGUGUAGGCAUAUGAUAAGCAUGGCUUUUUCUGUUAUCCAUUGAGGUAUCUGGCUGUGUUUGCAAUAGUAUUGUAGUACUGCGUACUGCACUUUGAAUGUUGUAUGCCCCCUAUUCCUUUUUAAUAACAUUACAGUUCAGAAUGAAUCAGUACAAUUUCCCAAAGGUAAAAAGGUUUGGAUACAAUUCAGAGUGCUUCAGAUGCCUUAACCACGGAAAAAAAAAUGCCUUUUAGAAUUACGUCAAGAAAUUGCAGAGCGAAUGACAAACAAGGAAGGUCAAGUCAAGCGCAUUGCAUUGUAAUGCGCAUUGCAAUGUGGUGUGUUCCGUUUGCACAUUUCGGCAGGGCUGUAAAGUACAUAUAUGUCGCAUAUUAAAUUGUGUAGCACGUGUACGAUACCGUUUGGCAGGUGCAUUAGACAGACCCGCUUGUUUGUGUGAAGUGCAUUUGUCGGUGUGAGGUGAACUAAUGGCGCACCAUUAUUUAUUUUCAUUUUCAUUUAGUUUUUGCAAUUAAAACUUGUUUUCCGGCUGCAUCUUUGGAAUGUGGGAAAACACAUGCUUGUUCUGCGUAUCUAUGAUUGAAUAAGUUGUAAUCUUAAACAUGUUACAAGCGUAACACUCGUGGAUUUGUCUGUAUUUUACGAUACGAGGACAUUACACAUGAAAUUGUUGAUCUAAGUUUUUUCUAGAAGCAUUUCACUGUUUCACUUCAUUGAAACACAAUGAAGCUCAAGCGGUUUCGCAAUGACCUGUCAAAAUAAAAGUCUGCUUAAUUUGAACCAGGUGAUAAAAUAAUGGCCUUGUGGUAAAUGCUACAGUAUAAUUAAAUAUUUACUAUAGUAAGGGUCAAAUAUACUAUGGUACACAAGAAUUUUACUGCAGUUUACUGUAGCAAAUACUGUAGUUUACUACAUAUUUUAUGGACAAAUGUAUUUACUGUAUAGUAAAGGAUCAAAAAUACAAAACUAAAAAGGAAAAAACUAAAAAAUACUAUGGCCCUAAUGUAUCCAUUUGUAUAACUUUAAUGUCCUUUUCAGUUAACUGUCUAUCUAUGUGAUGACCUGCACUUGUGCUGUAACUGUGUGGCCUGUGCUACAAAACAUUAAACCUCUGUAGCAAAGAAGUUAACAUACAACCCUGACAUUAUGCUAAAUUUGGUCGAUUAAAUCUUAGUUUCAUGCCUACAGAUGCUGUCUUCAACUGGAGUCGGAUAUUCCAUAAGUUUAUUAUGUAUUUUUUUAGAGUUUCAAAACAUAAACCAACAAGCAAAGUUGUUUUUAUAGCGAGAAACUCUGAAUUCUACAUGAUACACGAGUUGAGAUGUUGUACAGGACAUGUCCAUUUAAAAGGACUGAUUUUGAAGUUCCUUCAGUUUAACAUGUUGUGUUUUAAUUAUUAUUAUUAUAAAUGUGUGAUGUACUGAACAGCUUAUGAAAACCAUUCAUUUUUAUUUUUUUUUAAAGGCCAAAUAAUAAAUUCCAAUGAGCUACCUGUUUGGGCACUUUAUCGUUAUGUAAAUUGACGUGACAUAAACCAAUUAUUCAUUAAGUCCACAGGAAACAGUCGUUGUUACAUUAUUCAUAGCUUUGUUCGGUUUACACUACUUCUGUGUUAUUUUCAUAUUUUCGAAAUGUUUCAUUGUCGUUAUAAUGCACUUCAAGGCAACAAGAAUAUCUGCAUAAUGUACAAAGUACACAUACUGGUAGGAUAGAAGGGUAGUAUGCUAUUCCAAACACAGCCAUUGCCCCUCUCUCUAACUCCUGUGCAAGACUCUCCAGAGAUGCAAAAUAUACACACCACCAUUCCACGUUUAUACCAUUGUCACGUAGACACCGCAUUUCAGCAGUUUAAUAAGGCUGGCAGUGAUGAACACUUGUGCAAAAAGUAACAUACCUGAUCUUUACCGCCCACAUAUACAAAAGCAGGCAUGAGCUCAUUGAAUUUUGGGUCAGCCCGUGGGUUUGUGCGGUCACGUCCCAUGGCUGUUACAGACAAACUGUUAGGAGAAAAACAAGGAUGUAGAGAAGAAUGAGUCUCCUGUAGUUAGUUUCUCUUAUCGUAUAUGAAGAAAUGUGCUUGUUAUAUAACGUACUCCAUAUUUGCGAGUACCCUGCACCGGCGGGGGAGAUCAUUCAUUGUUGCUCACACCAUGAACACACAGGCGUGCACCAUUUCCUCUCUGUUUUCUGGCUAUGCUGAAGUCAUUUAAAACUGCUGAAAAGAGUGAAACACGCUGCUGAGGUCUGUGCUCGAGCAUCUGAAAACAUUCACCGUCUCUGCCUCCAUAUUUACAGGAAGAUUUGAAUGUCAGUCACUGUUGUGCUGUUGUCAAAACUGAUCAAUGUUCUUUGUUUGCUUCAUAACGCCAUCUGUACAAUUUGUAUAUUAUAAUAAAUAUGAUUUAUAUUUGA